AUGCGCCUCCGCGCCGCCGCCGCCGUCCUCUGCCUCUGCCUGCUGGGCGCCUGCCGCCUCCGCCGCGGGCUGGAGGCCGCCGCCGUGCGCGGCCCGUCGGCGGCCGCUCCCCAGCGACCCUCGGCAGCCGCGCCUUCCUCCGCCUCCUCCUCCUCCGCCGCCGCCGCCGCCUCCCCCUUCUCCUCCCCGCCGCGGAGGGACGGGGCUCUCCGCAACGGCACGGUGGUGCCGCACCACUACAUGGUGGCCCUGUACCAUCGCCUGGCCGCCCGACGCGGCCCCGGCGGCCGCGCCGACACCGUCACGGGCUUCGCGGAGCGGGCGCGCAGCGAUGCCUCCCUAUUCGCCUCUGAGCAGCGAUACCUCUUCGACAUCUCCAGCCUGCCUGAGGCGGAGGAGGUGACGGGUGCAGAGCUGCGAGUCCUGCGCGCCCUCCCUGAAAACCGGAGCUUGGCCCUGUCCUCUGAAGGCACCUUCCACCACCUCCUCCUUUCCACCUGCCCAAACCAGGAUGGUGAGGAGCCCCGGCUGCUGGACUCCAGAGCUGCAGACAUUUUGGACGCAGGCUCCUCCAGAUGGGAGGUUUUUGAUGUCUGGGAAGCCUUGCGAGAUCGGAGGGAGAGAUCUCUCUCGGGCACGCUGCUGUGCUUCCUGCUGAGGAUCGUCUCGGAUCAGUCGGGGCAGCUCCUGCCCCCCCGACAGCUGGGGUUCAGCAAGCCCCAGCCCCAGCCCCACGAGCGAGCCCUGCUCGUGGCCUUCUCCCGCACCCAGAGGAAGGAGAAUCUCUUCAAGGAGAUCCGGGAUAAGAUCAAGGCCCUGGGCAGCCCCCCAUUCCUGGAGCCCCCCGAUCCUGGCCAGGAGGUGUAUCCCAAGAGGAGGAAGAGAAGGACCACGAUUGCUGCCCGGUCUGGGGGCAGAGGCCAUGGGAAGAAGGCGAAGACCCGCUGCAGCAGGAAACCCCUGCAUGUGAACUUCAAGGAGCUGGGCUGGGAUGACUGGAUAAUCGCCCCCCUGGAUUAUGAGGCCUAUCACUGUGAGGGGGUCUGUGACUUCCCCCUGCGCUCCCACCUGGAGCCCACCAACCAUGCCAUUAUUCAGACCCUGAUGAACUCCAUGGACCCGGAGUCCACCCCCCCGAGCUGCUGUGUGCCCUCCAAGCUCAGCCCCAUCAGCAUCCUCUACAUAGACUCUGGGAACAAUGUGGUUUACAAACAGUACGAGGACAUGGUCGUGGAGACGUGUGGCUGCAGGUAGCAAUUUCUGCAGCUCUCCUCCUCCCCACCCCUCCCUGCCCUGCCCAGCAGCCCUGCCCCAUUUUAUAUAUAUAAAUAUAGAUAUAUAUAUAAAAUAUAUAUAUAUACACGUACACAUUUUGGUGUGUGCCUUUCCAAAAGCCAAGCUCAGAGCAGCUGUCCCUUGCCUUCCCUGGGCUGCCCUGGCCAUGAGCUCCCCCCCGAGACUGUGAGGCUGAUGCCAUCUUUGUGCCUUGUUUGCUCCCCAUGGGAAAGGGGGGGGUGCACAGAGCCCCCAGGAAAUGCCUGUUCUGCCUAUGAGCUCUGCCUGCUAGUCUUGAUUUUCCCAAGUGAAGCUGACACUUUCUUUCCCAAAGGUUUUGGAAAAUUGUCUCAGUGGGAAUGAUGACCUGGGAUUGUGGGGCAGGUGGAGUGGUGGCUGUGGGAGAGGAAUCUUGUCAGCAUCACCCUCUAGCUGUGGCAGUGGGAUGGAGGUGAGGUGAGAGCGCUCAUUUAUUUGAGUUAAAGGAGUUUUUCUGUCUGCCUUCAAAUUGCCACCCCAGGUUUUCUGGUGGAAAAACGAGGGAUCCUUGGGGGAAGGCAGGGGGUGGAGAACCUGUGGCUGCUGGGGGUUGAAAUCAUUUGGUCCAGGCCUCCUUACAGUGGGAAGAGAUUUGUGAGUCUGUUGGUGGGGACAGGAAAGAAGGUCCUGUAACUGGAGGCUAAAGCAAGAGUCAGGUCUGAAGUAGAGCUCAUGCUUUCAAAAAAAUGGGAAUGGUCCUGGGAGGUGUUAGGUGGGGGUGCCCUGGCUCCAUGUAGUCCAAAAUGCUGGCCCUGUUGUUGAUGUCCUGCAAGAGGUACUGGCUGGUGGGUCCCCUCCCUUUCCUGCACAAAACCCCAUUUCCAAGGCAUACUGGGAAGCCGGCAUCAGGCCCACAGUUCACACAGCCGUCCUCAGCAUGUCUGGAGAGAAACAAAGGUCCUGAGUUCCCCAGGGAAGAGCCAUUUUGCUUGAGUUCUUCUUUUUCCAAAUAAUCUCUAUAAAAGCACUAAGCUCCACCCUAUCUUCCUUUGGCAUCAAUUUCCCAGUAAGCUCCAUCCCUCCCUGGAGCUCCGGCCUCUCCCUGCUCCAUUGAGGGAGCCUGGAUCUGCCAGGAAUGGACCUUUCCCAUGCUGUAGGCUGAAUGUCACCCUUGGAGACUUCUACAUAAAAUGAGGUGCUUUGACUCGUGCUGAAAGGGCUGCAGGACUUUUUUGCAACUCAGGAGCUGAGUAUAAAUUAUGCCUUUAAAUCAGAGAAACCUCGCAUCCAUGACAGAGUGUGUUUUGGAUGUUGGGAAGCGUUUCUGCUGCACCUCAGUGGGUUUUGGUACCAAACUCUGGCUUCCUAGCUGGGUUGGUGUAGACCACAGGUGUAUUUGCACAGACUUUGUGUUUGAUGGUUUGUUUUUUACUGGUGGUCAGAGUGUUGGUGUGUAAACAUCAGGGCUUAUUAGUGACAGUAGUUUGCUUUUGGAGGAGAUAAAUCCCUGCUGGAAAAUAUGGUGUUUUCCCUGUAUGAAACCAGUUGUCCUCCAUGGCAGGGGUGUUCUGCUGGGAAGGCUGGGCCUGGCAAGGGCAGAGAGGGGGUCGUCUCAAAGAACUCUACUGGAAUCCAAAUGAUUUCAAGGAUCAGAAAAGCCUUGGUGAGGUCCAACAGCCACUUCCCCACAAGAAAAUAGUGCAUCAGCAGGGAAUAAACUGUGCACACUGAUAAUGGUGAUAGAUCCAUUGGGCUAACACCUCCCAACUUCCUUCUGUCCUCAUCCACAGAGGCUUGCUCUGCAUCCUCAGGCUGUGGCUGGUGGCAACUCAGGAGAGCAAAUGUGGUACCCGUAAGUCUCGUGUAACCCCCUUGACUCCUGUGGAGCUCCUCCAACUUUACAUACAUGUAUCCAAGAGGAAAACCCAUCUCCCUACCUCAGCAUGAAUGUAAAUAUAUAUUAAUGAUGUAACUGUCCCCAGGGGGAUGCUCAGAGGUGGAGGUUGAUGGGGCAGAGGAAGAAUCAGCUCCUUGUGGGUGGGUUUUCUGCCUGCCAGCGUCUGGGGAGGCUGAGGUGCAACUAGUGGGUGAGGAGGGGUCGGCAGAAGGGCUGGUGGCUUUCCUUUGCCCUUUGGCUUUAGCACAGAUGGUUUAGGAAGGAGGUUGGCACAGCAGUGCCGGAGCUAGCUGCCUGCUCUGGAAACACCGCGCCAUUUAUAAAGUUACCAAGCUUUUGAAGUACCUAAUUUUUCAGUUGUCAUGGGUUGUUUGAUAGUCUUUCUCACUGCUGAGACAAUAUUUUUAAAUGUUUUUGUUUCUCUUACCUCCUCCCCUUCCUCCAAAUAUUUGCGGUGGAGGUUUGUGGGCAGUUCAGAUCUGGGCAAGAUAUAUAUAUAGCUCCUGGCAGCCCCCGCUGGCUGGUGGCUCUUGUGAGCCUCAGCCAAAAGGUUGACCUGAGACCUGCUCCCGUGGGACCGAGUCCAAGGGGGUGUUAAUAUCAGUGACCCUCAGUUCUUGAAGCUUUUGUUCAGCCACAACUGCAGGGAACAGACAGAUGUUGCCCACCUUAGGCCUGGAGGUGGCAGGUGGGGAACGAGGCAAUGGAUUGGGUCUUGCAGUGCUUCACCCCAACCCCAGUGCUAUGUGCUGUGCUCUGCUGAGGCUCUGCCCUGAAUCCCACUGUGGCUUUGCUGGUUCUAGGGGGGGAAGCAGUGACUCAGUCACUGCAGUUUUGUAGCCUGGAUCACUACGGUAAACGAGGAGGAUUUGGGGAGAGCGCAGAGGCCGCUGCUGGCAGUGAUGCCAUCCAUGGUUUUGCCCAUGUGGGAAUCGGUCCUGGCUCUCCUGGCUGCAGGUGCCUCUCCCUGAGCAGGCAUGUUUGGUGGGGCAGCAAACUUCAGCCCCCCCAGGUGAGCUGUGGGGCCCUUUGUGCUCACACCCCUGGUGAUGCUGCUGUGCCAGCUGCUCUUUUAAAGGAGCACCUGCUCCUUUCCUGGGCAAACAACCUCUGGAGGACAACAGGAGGGAAAAGGAUGGAGUCAGACCCUCUUUCUGCUUGCUUAAGGAGAUGGAAGGCAGCCCGGGGCUACUCCAUGGGAACGUGUAUGAGCGGGGCAAGGCUGGAGGGGAGCUGGGCUGGGGCUGUUGGUGGGUAACUGUGUUCCUGCCCCUGGGAAAGUGUAUCAGCCACAGUGCUCGGCUGUCACAGUGCUUAUUGCUCCCAGAGGAGUGUUUCCAGAGCAGAAGCAUCACUUCUCCCUUUAUGGAUCCCUGCAUGCCAACUGCCAGGGCUGCUUCUCCAUCGCCAGGUGGAUUUGGAAAUUGCACCCAAACACUGGAAUGAGGCUUAGGCAACAACUGUCAGAGCCGCUGCAAAUGUUGAGAGGUUUAGAUUAUAUAUUAGGGAAAAGAAAUUCAUGGAAAGGGUUGUAAAGCAUUGGA